UUGUGGGCAGCUCCCCACUCCGCUGCUGCCGCCGUCGCCCGAGAAGGAUCGGGGCCGGGCCGGGCCGGGCCGGGUCGGGAUGGUAGGGGUCGGGAGACCGCCGCCGCCACCGCCGGAGGGAGCGGGCCUCCCAGCGCCGCACUGAGCCGCCCCCGCCCCGCCCCGGCCCCGGGGGAUGCGCCGCCCCGCGCCGCUGCCUUCACCGACGCCGCCGCAGCCGCAGCCGCAGCCGCAGCGGACACCGAGCAGGUAGAUGGCCCCCCAAGGGCAGGCCCUGCGGGCACCCCUCCCUCCAGCUGGCGGAUGCAGUGCCUAGCGGCUGCUCUUAAGGACGAAACCAACAUGAGUGGGGGAGGGGAGCAGGCCGACAUCCUGCCGGCCAACUACGUGGUCAAAGAUCGCUGGAAGGUGCUGAAAAAGAUCGGGGGCGGGGGCUUCGGUGAGAUCUACGAGGCCAUGGACCUGCUGACCAGGGAGAACGUGGCUCUCAAGGUGGAAUCAGCCCAACAGCCUAAGCAGGUCCUCAAGAUGGAGGUGGCUGUGCUCAAAAAGCUUCAAGGGAAGGACCACGUGUGCAGGUUCAUUGGCUGUGGCAGGAACGAGAAGUUUAACUAUGUGGUGAUGCAGCUCCAGGGCCGGAACCUGGCCGACCUGCGCCGCAGCCAGCCGAGGGGUACUUUCACGCUGAGCACCACACUGCGGCUGGGCAAGCAGAUCCUGGAGUCCAUUGAAGCCAUUCACUCUGUGGGCUUCCUGCACCGUGACAUCAAGCCGUCCAACUUUGCCAUGGGCCGGCUGCCCUCCACCUACAGGAAGUGCUACAUGUUGGACUUUGGGCUGGCCCGGCAGUACACUAACACCACUGGGGACGUCCGGCCUCCUCGGAAUGUGGCCGGGUUCCGGGGGACUGUCCGCUAUGCCUCGGUCAAUGCUCACAAGAACAGGGAGAUGGGCCGCCAUGAUGACCUGUGGUCCCUCUUCUACAUGCUGGUGGAGUUUGCUGUGGGUCAGCUGCCCUGGAGGAAGAUCAAGGACAAGGAGCAGGUGGGGAUGAUCAAGGAGAAGUACGAGCAUCGGAUGCUACUGAAGCACAUGCCGUCUGAGUUCCAUCUCUUCCUGGACCACAUCGCCAGCCUUGACUACUUCACCAAGCCCGAUUACCAGUUGAUCAUGUCAGUGUUUGAGAGCAGCAUGAAAGAACGGGGCAUUGCUGAGAAUGAGGCCUUCGACUGGGAGAAGGCAGGCACCGAUGCUCUUCUGUCCACGAGCACCUCCACCCCACCCCAGCAGAACACACGACAGACAGCAGCCAUGUUUGGAGUGGUCAAUGUGACACCAGUGCCCGGGGACCUGCUUCGUGAGAACACUGAGGAUGUACUGCAGGGCGAGCACCUGAGUGACCAGGAGAACGCACCCCCAAUCCUGCCUGGGAGGCCUCCGGAGGGCUUGAGCCCUGGUCCCCAUCUUGUCCCCCACCCUGGGGGUCCUGAGGCUGAAGUGUGGGAGGAGACUGAUGUUAACCGCAACAAACUGCGCAUCAACAUUGGCAAAACCCCCUGUGUGGAAGAAGAGCAGAGUAGAGGAGUAGGGGUCCCCAGCUCCCCAGUGCGUGCCCCCCCAGACUCCCCAACAACCCCAGUGCGGUCUCUACGGUACCGGAGGGUCAACAGCCCAGAGUCAGAGAGGCUGUCUACAGCUGCUGAUGGUCGGGUAGAGCUACAGGAGAGAAGGUCACGGAUGGAUCUGCCUGGCUCACCCUCACGCCAGGCCUGCUCCUCACAACCAGCUCAGAUGCUGUCAGUGGACACAGGCCACGCUGACAGGCAGGCCAGUGGCCGCAUGGACGUGUCAGCUUCUGUGGAGCAGGAGGCCCUGAGCAACGCCUUCCGCUCAGUGCCACUGGCUGAGGAGGAAGACUUUGACAGCAAGGAGUGGGUCAUUAUUGACAAGGAGACAGAGCUCAAGGACUUCCCUCCUGGGGCUGAGCCUAGCACGUCAGGCACUACCGAUGAAGAGCCUGAGGAGCUGCGGCCCUUGCCUGAGGAGGGUGAGGAGAGGAGGCGUCUGGGGACAGAGACCUCUGUCAGGCCUCGUGGACGUGGUAUGCAGACACUGACAGAGGAGGACCCACGGCAGAUGCUGCCCCAGCCUACACCACCUCAGUUGAGCCAGGCCGAUGGCCGGUCAGAGACAUCACAGCCACCCACACCUGGCAGCCCUUCUCACUCACCCCUGCACUCGGGACCCCGCCCUCGACGGAGAGAGUCGGAUCCCACAGGCCCUCAGAGACAGGUGUUCUCUGUGGCGCCCCCGUUUGAGGUGAAUGGCCUUCCACGAGCUGUGCCUCUGGGCUUGCCCUACCAGGACUUCAAGAGAGACCUCUCUGAUUAUCGAGAACGGGCCCGGCUGCUUAACAGGGUCCGGAGGGUGGGCUUCUCGCACAUGCUGCUCACAGCCCCCCAGGUCCCAUUAGCUCCCUUUCAGCCUCAGGCCAACGGGAAAGAGGGAGAAGAGGAAGAGGAGGAGGAGGAGGAAGAAGAAGAAGACGAAGAAGAGGAGGAAGAUGAUGAGGAAGAGGAGGAAGAUGAAGAUGAGGAGGAGGCAGGGGCCCUUGGGGAGGUGCUGGGGCCUCGAAGUGGCUCAAGCAGCGAAGGUAGUGAGCGCAGCACUGAGCGCAGCACUGAGCGGAGCCAGGAGGGUGCCCCAUCCACACUGCUGGCUGACGACCAGAAAGAGACCAGGGGCCGGGCCUCCAUGGCUGAUGGGGACCUGGAGCCUGAGGAGGGCUCCAAAACGCUGGUGCUCGUCUCCCCUGGUGACAUGAAGAAGUCACCAGUCACUGCCGAACUGGCCCCUGACCCUGAUCUGGGCACCUUGGCUGCGCUCACCCCUCAGCAUGAGCGGCCUCAGCCCACUGGAAGCCAGCUGGAUGUAUCAGAGCCGGGCACCUUGUCCUCCAUCCUCAAAUCUGAACCCAAGCCCUCAGGACCUGGAGCAGGGGUUGGGGUUGGGCUGGUGGCUCCUGGGGCUGGGGUCACAGCAGUGACAUCACCCUUCACCAAAGUCGAAAGGACCUUUGUUCACAUUGCAGAGAAAUCCCACCUCAACGUCAUGUCUUCCGGAGGACAGGCCUCCAGGCCAGAGGAGUUGAGCACUGGGGGCGAGUUGGGCCUGGAUAUGCUCUCUGAGGGGGGCAUCGUAGAGGAGGGGGCCUCAGUGCCUCUGGAGAAUGGCAUGGCUUUGGCACGGCUGGAUGGGACUGAGAUGGAAAGUUGUGCCCUGUCUGGCCCUCCUGGGGAAACACCCUCAGAAGUAGUCCCAGACUCAUUGCCCAAUGGGCCAGCCCUUGCUGAUGGACCAGCUCCAGCAUCCCCACAAGAGCCAGUAACCAAGAAAGGGACCACCAUCUCUCCCAGCCGCCAUGCUAUGUCAGGAUCUCGCCCCAGGAGCCGUAUUCCUGUCUUGUUGUCUGAAGAGGAUACAGGCUCAGAGCCUUCAGGCUCACUGUCGGCCAAAGAGCGGUGGAGCAAGAGGGCUCGGCCACAGCAGGACCUGGCACGGCUGGUGAUGGAGAAGAGGCAGGGUCGGCUGUUGCUGCGGCUAGCCUCAGGAGCCUCAUCCUCCUCUAGUGAGGAGCAGCGCCGUGCCUCUGAGACACUCUCAGGCACUGGUUCUGAGGAGGAUACAGCUGCCUCAGAGCCCGCAACAGCCUUGCCUAGGAAGGCUGGGCGGGCAGCGACCACCCGGAGCCGGAUUCCCCGUCCCAUCAGUGUGUCCAUGCCUCCAGAAGGCCAGCAGCUUCCUGGCAGACCCCAUGGUGCGGCCUUAGCGACCGACUCGGCCAUCACCAGCAGGCUCCAGCUGCAGAAGCCCUCAGGGUUGGCCCCUGCUGCUGACCUCCAUCCCAAACAGUCCGUGAGCCGGGGUACCGGCCCAGGUCGCGCCCAAGUCUCCAAGCCCGCAGCACCCCGCAGUCCGGGCCUCCCCACCUCCACCGCGCGCCACUCCAGCGGGUCCCCGCGGAGCCAGUCCCUGUCCCGUAAAGAGAGUUCCUCCCCCUCGCAUCAAGCCCGGCCUGGCGUCCCUCCAUCCCGGGGGGUCCUCCAAGUCAGAUCUCAGCCGGAGGCCUCCCUGGGGGCCCCCAAGAAAGGACCUAGGGGGAAGCAACUGCAGACUCAGCGCGCAACAACCAAAGGCCGGGCGGCGGUUUCAGAGGGUCGGCCCGGGACCAGAUAAUGAUACCCACCCGCGGCUCUCUGCGGCACCCCCUACCCUCACCCCGGUCCCCACCCGCAGCCGGCCACACUGGAGCAGCUUCCAGCACAGCCUUACGCGCCCGCGCGCCACCGCGGCCCCAGCUUCCCGCCUGCACCCACCAGGACGCACGUGAGCACUUGUUGUGCCCAGCAGCUCAGCCAGCCCACUGACCCAGGAGGGUGUGUCUGUCUGUCUCUGUGUCCUGCCUCCCUCCUGCCGCCCCUCUUGCAGGGACAGGCUCACAACAGAUCCUUUGCCCCGGGAAGGCUCAGUCAUCUAUCAACUCCGAAGACUCCGCUGCUAGAGCCCGUCCCCUUUGCCCACCAGGUCUUGGCUGACCUCUAGCCCCCAGGCCCCCAACCAAGGGGCUUACACCUGCUUACACCUCCUGCGAUCCACCUUGUCCUCUUCACCCUCACCUUCUCGUAGCCAGCCCCAAACUUACCUGACAGGAGAAACAGCCUCAAAUUCCGAAAGUGCGCAGGCUCUGGCCCGCCCAGUCUCCUAGGAGCCAUGGUGACCAUAGAAGGCCAAUCUGGGAUCGGGGAAGUGGGACCCAGGGGUCGUUGGUCUAUUUAGACUUAAGGGGACACCACCUCUGGCCUUGCUAAAGUCAACUCUACUAAAGGCACAGGGUGUGUAAUUCUUUGCUCCUUCGUGUCUCUGGGGAGAUAUCCUUUUUCUGAAUAGGAAUGGAUGGAGUCUCUGGAAGCAAGCCCGUGCCCUCCUGGGCAAGUGUUUCCUCGAGGGAAUUUGGAAUGGGGCUUUAAAAAGGUUCCUCGCUUCUCUGGUCCUCUGGUCUAGUACUCAGGACCCCUUACCAUCAGGAAUCCCUUCCUGCUGUCUAACCUCACUUUCUACAUUCUGCAGUUCCAGCCGACUCUCCUCUCUCAAGUUCCACACAGGAGGAGAGUGGCUGGCUGUCACCUUCUGUGUGUUGGUCUUUUGGGGGCUUGGCUCUGGUCCUUCCUGCAGGUCUCUGCUCUGGGAAUAGGUUGGCUCAGGCAUCCUCCUAAGUGGGCCAAGGAGGAUGAGGCAGACCGGCUCAAGGCAGAAGGCCCUUCUCUGUUUAGAGUGUGUGUGAUGUAGCUGGUGCCUGCUCCCCCAGUUCACCCUGGGCCCUUCUUGCUCUGAGCCAGCCCCCAACAGCUGAGCUGCUCCGUACUUGACAUCUGUACCUGACAUGGGGCCUCCUCCUGCAUUUUUGGCUUCUGCAUAGCUCGCCCACCUCAUCAGGAGCCUCAGCUGCUAACAUCAGCAAACAGCACCCUGGCUGCAGACAGGACAGGCAACCCCUCCUAUCUGAGACAGGGACUCCCUGCAGCUCUCCUGGAAAGCACUCACAGCCUCCACCCCCAUUCUGGUCCCUGUGCCCUUCCCUGAGCCACAGAGAGCAAACCAAGACAUUCUGGUGAAGGAAGGCCUCAGUGUGCCACAGGCCCAGCCACAUCUCCACCCAGGAUGACUGGCUAGGAGCAGCUUGUGCCAGCUGAACUCCUCACAUAGGGUCAGCUGGUUUAGGCAGUUGCUUCCAUGUCAAGAAGGCAGCUCUACAGACCAGCUAGGGGAGGACACCAGGGCGGAUAGUCUUUGAGAUCUAUCCCAUGCUGACACAGAAGCUCCCAGAACACUCAGGAAACCUCUCUGGAUACAGUUAUCUUUUGUCACCCCAAGGCUCUCUCAUUGCCCCCUAGUCCAGUGAAGGGGCAGAGGGCUCACUUCCACCCAGAGCUUUUAUGAAUGACAAUCAGCUCAUGCCAGGUGGGGACCAGGGCACGACACCAGUGCCCAGGCCCUGGGCCUGCCCCUUGCCACCAACCUAACUGUGAAUGUAGGUCCCCCCUCAGUCUCACUUCUGCUGUAGGACCAACACCACCCAGGUUUGGAGACUGGAAGAAGGGGAGGCCUAGGAAAACCCUAGGCUCACCCCACCCCCAAUUACAGCCAAUGCUUGAGCCGGUACAGAUCAGAUGCGAAGGCCAGUCUACCCUUGGGUUCCAGGCCUCUGAGUCAGUUACGUCAUUGGGCUGGGAGGAAGGAGGAAAAGAGGACCAGUGGAGGUGGGUGGUGAGGGGGCUGGGCGGUUCCUCUCCCCAGGAAGGAAGCGGGGCAGAGGAAACCCUAGCUCCCAAUGCCCCACACCUAGCUGCUGCCCUUUCCUUGAGGAUCAUCUGACCCUGCCCUAGGUAGGCCCUUCCUUUCCCUCCUCUCCGAGGGCAGCACAAUACCACCACUGUCUCUUAUGACCCCCAUCCUGACUGCCUCUGUCACUGGCUCAGAUGUGGGGUGUGCUCACCUUAAUGCGCCUUCCCGUCCCAGCCGUACCAUGUGCAGAGGGUGCAGGAGAAGGGCCCUGCCCCGGCACAUGGCUCUUUGGCUUCUCAGCCCCUCCCCAGGGGCCUGGCUUGCUCAGCCUUCUGAACCCCUUGGGCAGGUGUUGGGGGACAGGGGGUUGCCCUCCCCCUCCCUGGGAAGCAACAGAAGAAUGUUUACAUGCCACACAGAAUGUAACAGCCCUUGCCCACCUCUCCCAGUCACUGCAUGGCCUCUGCCCACCCUGUGCCUGCCCACUCCCCUGACACCAACACCUUGCAAGUCGCUGUCACAACUAGAUCGGGUCUCAGAAGGGAAGUAGCCAUCACACCAUUAAAAAGCCUGUGGACCUUUCUGUUGGCCUGGACUCUUUUUCCCUUGAGGGAGGGCAGGGCAAAACCCAGCCCCUAAGGGUGAGGUGGGUGGGAGAGAAGAUACAGGAUGGUGUCAAGUGGGCAGAGACCCCCUGACGAGAAAAGGAAGUUCAGCUCUGGGAUAGGUAAUUUGUUCAGGGUCCUGCAGAACAGGUUUCUGUCCUAGCAAAGCUCCUUACUGAGUGAGCUCCUGGGUUGUUUUUGCUGAGGGCUGUCGAAUCUCCGUUUGGUUGUUUGGCUUGGCACAGAGAGAGGAAAGAAGCAAAAUUGUCAUUUUCCUGAAGGAAACAGAUAGAGUCGAGUGUUUCCGGAGAAGCAGAAAACAUAGCAGCUCGCUGGCGAUGCCAUAGCAAAGCCCACCCCGACCACGCACCUGGACAAGUUUAUCCUGUGGAUGAUGCACUUGGGAGGCACCAGAGCCUUGUCUACGAAUCUGAAACAUCAGACGUUCUGAAAACGGCAAGCCUCUUCUGUAGACGGCAUAUGUUCGGUACAUGGUCAUUUGGUAUCAAAGCCCUAAGGGAAAGCUAGGCUUGAUGGCCUCAUGCCUGUAAUCCUAAGCAGCCACAGGACCUAAACCAGAGGGAUUUUGGAGAGCUCAAGGCCAGCCUGGACUACAUAGUAAGUUCAAGACCAGCCUAGGCUAAAUGUUAGAUCAUCUCAAAAAAAAAAAGAAAAAGAAAAGCCAUGAGAAGCUUUUAUAUUCACUAAUUUCACUUACAUAUUUUCAGUGGAAUGAAAAAAAAAAAUCUUUCCAGGUAGCCCAGGCUGGCUGCAAAUGUGCCAUCCUCCUGCCUCAAACUCCCAAGUGGUGUGAUAACAGGAGUGUACCACUAUGCUUAGUUAGAUGGAGGUAUUAAUGUCUUGGAUUAUGAGACACUGCUCUUGACCACUAUUUAUAAUAUAUGAUGGACUAUGCAUGGAAUUACUUUCCUUCCUUUAAAAAAAAAAAAAGUACUUUACCUCUCUGUCUUCUGUGAUGUGAAUGGUUUUGGUGAGAGGGCGUGGAGCGGACAAAGAAAUGGCUCAAGAGCAGUCUUAACAGCUAUUGGUUGGGGCUGGUCAGCAGAGGAAGGGCCAUACAGAUGAUGGACUCCACCGUGGGGUGCUGUGAGACUCAAAUGGAGGAAGUGGCCCUUUUGUGUUCUUAUAGGCCGGUCUCCACAACUAAGAAGCCACGUGGGAGGGGUAGAGGGAGGCUGGAGGAUGCUGAGUGUCCGUGGCCCACGAGGUGGGCUGGAUGAAGGGAGACUGCCUCGGAGAGGAGGGCAGUACCCUUUGUACUUUGAAUCCUAAACUCACUAGAAGUGAAUCUUUUCCCUUAGCAGACACAAAAACAGUUUUCUCCCCCAGGCCUGGCCCUGGGCCACUCACUCCUGGGGUGGGAAGCGAGACCACCUGGGUUUGAAAGCCCAUCCCUUCCUGGGGGUGCUGCCCUCAGAGAUCCAGAACCUCAGCCUCUCGGGAACCCCUUCCCUCUAACUUGAACACCAGUGGGCUCCGGGGCCUUGCGUGGGGCCUGAUGCACCAUCACUUCAUCCCUGUUUAACAUGUCCUGAGCAGGACAUACUUGUAGUAAAUGCUAAAAGCAUAUCAAAUAAAAGACACCCCCUGUGCAUGCCUCCGACCAUCGGGAGAUGACUUGUGAAUGGCUUGGUAUGUACUAUCACAGACCUUUUUUAUGUUUAUAAUAAUGCCUCUCUCUCUCUGUCCAUAUAUAUUUCUUAUAAAUAAAAGAGAAGCGUAUUAUACCUAC